GCUGAGGGUAUCUUCAAUUUUCUCGUCGAGAAAUAUGACUCCGAGCUUAAGAGGGCGUACGCUGAAUCGAGCAAGGCUUACGAGAAGGCUAAGGCUGGGAAGAAGCGAGCGAUGAGGGAUGAGGAUUUCUCAAGCAGGCUCGGGUCUAUGAAAGCCGCAGCAGAAAAAAUCAAGGAGGAGAAGGCUGCUCUGCUGUUGGACAAGGCGCGGCUUGAGAGUGAGAAGCUUGAACUUUCAGAAGCUCAUGCUACGGAGGCCGCUCGUCUAAGAGAAUCCAGGAAUUUCGAGCGAAGCCUUUGGUAUCCGGAAGUGUCUGGAACUGCUGAAAAAGAGAGGGGACCUCAUCCCGCAAGAGAGGAUUGA